AUGUUUCCCGUGGGGAUUUUAAUGCACAGACUACCCCCGCAGCCGGCUACAGAGACUUUCUUGGCCUGUCUGAAUAGGCAGCCCGCUCGUUCUGUGGUGUUUGCAUCCUUCGGCAGUGAAUUCCUUCUCACCGCCCAGCAGCUCGGUGCUCUCCUGUUGGGCUUGGAAGAAAGUAAAAUUCCAUUCAUGUGUGUUCUUACUGGCCAUGCGACGGCUGAGUUGCAGCAAAGGCUUGUAGAUCGCACCAAUGGAAGAGGACUCGUGGUUACAGAGUGGGCGCCUCAAUUGUAUAUAUUGAACCAUCCUUCCACUAGAGCUUUUCUUUCACAUUGUGGGUGGAAUUCUGUGACAGAAAGCCUGAGGUUUGGAGUGCCUUUUGUUGCUCUUCCAAUCCAGUACGAGCAGGGGUUAACUGCUAGGCUAAUUGUGUUAAUUAUAGAAGAGCAAAGAAAACAUAAAACAAACACCAAACAACACAGAACACAAUAG